AUGGUUUAUGGCACCACACUACGGGUGCCAGGCGGAUUUUUUGCACCGGACACACAAAAACACACUGAGUCCGAGUUCACCGAGGCUCUUCAAAAAACCAUGUCUCAACUGCCAACCACUAAGCCAGUGCACCAUCAUACACCGCAAGAAUUUGUGCACCCGGACCUAAACCAUUGUACCCACGUCUUCGUUCGAGUGGAUCGAGUGAAAACCCCGUUGGAAGCAAACUACGAGGGUCCUUUCGAAGUGGUAACAAAACACGAAAAAUAUUUUACACUCAAGGGCCACACAAAGGACAACAAGGUUUCCAUCGAUCGACUUAAACCAGCUUACAUCUUCAAAGACGUACCGCCUCCAACACAGGAGCAGACGACAGCGCCAACUGCUCAGACACUCGAGAAAGUGUCAAGAUCAGGACGACAAAUCAGAUUCCCAGCAAAGUAUCUUUCCCAACUGGAACUCUAG